ACCCUUUUCCACUUAUGGGAUCGAUAAUAUUUAAAAUAUUUUGGAAUGAAGAAGAAACAAUUAAUGACCCAUUUCUACGAAUAUUACAAGAUCCAAGAGAAAUUUUACAAGCUUCACCCCGAUUAAAGGUGAUUAAUAGUGCUUUGAAAAAUAAUAAUCUGGAUUCCUCAAUGGCUACUCUAUGCUGCGAUAUUAUUCAGAAAGAGUUCUUUAUUUAUAUGGAUAUUCCAGAGAUGGCACGUUACUUUGGGCAUGCUGUUCAAGCUUUAUUAGAAAAAACAUGUGAACCCUUAAAACGCAUCUCAUCAAUCGCUUUUCUUAAAGAAUUUGUAUAUUGCAUGUGGGAUCAAACACUUCAUGAUGACUAUACACUACCAAUUUCAUUUGUUGGCAUAAUGGACGUUGGUGAAUUUGAUGGUGAC